AUGAAGGUGGACAACUGCUUGCAGAAUGAGACCAUGUGCAAGACUACCAUGUACUCGCGUGAAGAAGGUGAGAGACUUGGCUGCGUUCUCCUUCCACUCUCUGAGAGAGCCUGCCUCUGAACACCUGGGCUGGGAUCCCCAAACGGGAGAGCGUGGUUGAACUCAAGUCCUGUUUGUGGAGUUCUCAUGUUGGCAUUUGGCUAAAAACAUAAGAAGAGUCUGAUGGACCAGGGCAAUGGCACACUCAGUCCAGCAUCCUUGUUUUCACAGGGGCUGAGCAGUUGCCUGUAAGAAACCUGUAAGCAGGAUUCGAACACAUAAAUAAAUAUAAAUAUUUUUUAUUUAUACCCCGCCCUUCCCGGUUCAGAAAACCGGGCUCAGGGCGGCUAACAACAAAUUUAAAACACUUAAUUGAUGCAACAAAAAACAGUAUAAAACAUGAAUAACAAUAAAUUCAGAAUUAAAAAAUCAAUUUAGGGUGGGGAAUCCACCCAAUAAACAUUAGAUGAUCACCAGGGCUAGCUGGCUAAAUUAGUCCUAUUUGGGCCAGUGAGGAGACCAGGGGAGAAUUAGCUGUGGGAUCCCAGAGCUGGGUAAUCUUCAUAAAAAGGGGAGGGGGGGAAGGAAGGGGAAUAAAAGAUCAGGCUAAAUUCAAAUUGAGGCGGAAUAGCUCUGUCUUACAGGACCGACGGAAGGAGGUUAAAUCCUAAAGGGCCCUGGUCUCAUGGGACAAAGCAUUCCACCAGGUCAGAGCCAUCACUGAGAAGGCCCUGGUGGAGGAUAAUCUGACUUCCUUAGGGCCUGGGACCUCUAAACUAGGAUUAUUCGUGGACCUUAAGGUCCUCUGCAGGGCAGACCAGGAGAGGCGGUCCUGUAAAUACGAGGGCCCUGAGCCAUACAUGAGUAAUCUACCUUCCUGCAGUUCCCAGCAAGGGGUAUUCAGAAUCAUUGCUGCCUCCAGCUGUGAAGGCAGGACAUUGGCAUCAUGGUUAGUAGUCAUCAACAACCUUCUCCUCCAUGAUGCAGUUGGCGCUGUGGUCUAAACCACUGAGCCUCUUGGGCUUGCCGAUCGAAAGGUUGGCGGUUCGAAUCCCCGUGACGGAGUGAGCUCCCGUUGCUCUGCCCCAGCUUCUGCCAACCUAGAAGUUCAAAAGCACACCAGUGCAAGUAGAUAGAUAGGUACCGCUGCGGCGGGAAGGUAAACAGUCUUUCCAUGCGCUCUGGUUUCCGUCAUGGUGUUCCAUUGCUCCAGAAGCAGUUUCGUCACCCUGGCCACAUGACCCGGAAAGCUGUCUGUGGACAAACGCCGGCUCCCUUGGCCUGAAAGCGAGAUGAGCGCCACAACCCCAUAGUCGCCUUUGACUGGCCUUAACCGUCCAGGGGUCCUUUACCUUUACCUUAACCUCCAUGAAUUUGCCGAAUCCUUUUUUUAAAGCCAUCUAGAUUGGUGACCAUCACUGCCUACUGUUGGAAUGAGUUCCAUAGUUUGUGCUGUGUGCAGAAGGACCGUCUGUUAUCUGCCCUGAAUCUUCCAACAUUCAGCUGUGCUGGACUGGGGGGCGGGUGCAGAUCUUGGCAAGAUCCAGCAGUUUUCUUCUUAUAUAAAUGGUCUAGAUGUGAAAAACGCUCCGGGGGCUGUGAUGCAACAGUCUCGUACCUCUCGUUGCUGUUAAUAAUUAUGAAACAAAAAACAGGUUCCAGAAGAUUCUAGAUCCACCAUGUCCUUCCCUGUCAAUAGACAGGGAAUUAUCUGUCUGGUGCAUUUUAUCAAUAGCUACUAGCCACAAAGGCCUACCUUGACUAUUGGAGCCAGUAUUACCAGCUGUGAGGAAUGAGGGUGGGGGUCUGCGUUGCUGCUGUGCUCAGGUGGGCUUCUCAUAAAAGGUACAAAGGUAAAGGUACCCCUGCCCGUUCGGGCCAGUCUUGCCAGACUCUAGGGUUGUGCGCUCAUCUCACUCUAGAGGCCGGGAGCCAGCGCUGUCCGCAGACACUUCCGGGUCACGUGGCCAGCAUGACGAAGCCACUUCUGGCGAACCAGCGCAGCACACGGAAACGCCCUUUACCUUCCCGCUAUAAAGCGGUCCCUAUUUAUCUACUUGCACCCGGGGGUGCUUUCGAACUGCUAGGUUGGCAGGUGCUGGGACCGAACGACGGGAGCGCACCCCGCCGCGGGGAUUUGAACCGCCGACCAUGCGAUCGGCAAGUCCUAGGCGCUGAGGUUUUACCCACAGCACCACACCCAGCCUCCAAACCACCUCCUCUCUGGUGCACUAUCUGAAUAAGUGCUUUCUUAUCUCUGCAAGAGUUGGGUUAGCUCUCCAGGUCUUCCCCCAGACAAUCCUAGCACUGCAGAGUUGGAAGGGCCCCAAUCCCCUGCAAUGCAUGAUUUGGAGAUUCUGAACCCCCUUGUUUCCUUACCCCAUUGGCAGGGUAUCCACAGCCUCGACUUCCCAGUUGUGCAAAAAUUCACAACUGCACAGGGGAGGCAUAGAGGACAGUGUACCUGCUGCACCAUGGUGGAUUUCGGAGAGGGGUGGACGACAGGGACUGAUCUGUCUUGCCACUUGCAUUUGCAGUGUACCCAUUCCAGGGCGAUUCAACCGUCACGCGGUCUUGUUCUUCGAGGUGCAUUCCGUCCGACGUGGAUGGGAUUGGCUUGACUCGCCCGGUGACCUGCUGCAACACGGAUCUCUGCAACCACGAUGGGGCAGCCAGCGUGCAGAUCAGCUACAUCACGGUGGGGACCUCAGCUGCUUCCAUCUUCAUCCUCCUCCGGCCUGGACUGUGA